AUGGCCCGUACACAAACCGCGCGGCGUCGCUCAGGGCCUGCCACGCCCAAGCGAGGGAAAACCAUACGGACAAACCCUUCACCAAGAACGUCUGGGAGACGAAGUCGCGCGCAGCCUGGCGAUCCGGUUCCGGUGAGAAAACCGCACAGAUUUAAGCCGGGAACGAUUGCGCUGCGAGAGAUUAGGAGGUAUCAACAAUCCACGGAUCUCCUGCUGCUCAAACUUCCCUUUGCACGCCUUGUGCGGGAGAUUGCGCAGUACAUCUUGCCCACACAUGCAGCCCAUGAACUCAGGUGGCAGAGCCAAGCGAUCCAAGCGUUGCAAGAGGCGAGCGAAGCAUUCUUGGUACACCUGUUCGAGGACACCAAUCUCUGCGCCAUACACGCAAAGCGAGUGACAAUCAUGCAAAAAGACAUUCAAUUGGCUCGGAGGCUGAGAGGCGCAUGGGGCGGCCUGGGAUAA